AUGGCAGAUUAUCUUACUCCUAGUGAACGCAUUCUCUUAGAUAACCCACCUUAUACUCUCAGCAUUUCCCACGACUCCCUUAUCGCUCCAAAACGUAGACGAAACAACGCAAAACCUCCUCCCCGACCAUCUAACGGUUGGAUUCUCUUUCGCACAAAUUUUGUAAAAAAAUUACGUAAGUGUUCCGACAAGCCGUUCACUAUUCAAGAAGCCUCUAGGCUGGCUGGUAAAGCUUGGAAAAGUCAACCACCUUCAGUCAUAAACUAUUUUACCGCUCUUGCGAAAGAGGCUCGGCAAGCGCAUAAAGCAGAAUAUCCUGGCUACAAUUACAAACCAGGGCCAAAGAAAACGAAAAGCAAAAAGUUGAUAUUUAAACAAGUAAACGCAGAUAAAUUUAAAAAACAAACUAAUAAUAAUGCCGAUAAAAAAGAAAGAGUGGUCAGCGAUCAGUCGGAUAACUUUGGACAACCGAGCGAUGAGCAACCUAUAACUGUAGACGUAUGUGAACAGCCUUCUUCAGACGAAAUUUAUCUAUCUCCAUUGGUCGAAAUUUCUCAAUCUCUAUCUAAUGUAUUCGAUCACUCGGGUGGAGAACCAGUUGAUUACGUUUGUCCGAUACCAAAUGGAUCUAACUUAGUGGACGACUGUGGCAUGUACGUGUAUUAUUAUGAACUAGUUCCGAAUAAUUAUGAUAAUCAGCAACAGCUACAACAAUUCAAUUCGCCUGGUAUAGUGGCUAGCCAAUUUUACAACGGUUGCCUCAAUGACGUAAUUGUAACUGACUUUGGUAUACCGAUAAUAAUAAGCGCAAUACGAUUGGAUGAGAUUAGCGAAAGCUUGCAAUUUAAUUAA